AUGUCCGCCAAUUCGGACCUGGAAGCCUGCAUCGAUUGGUGUAGGACCAAUGGCAGUUAUGUCGAUGAUCGUAUUGUGUUCAAACUGACUGAAAAGGUGGGCAUAACAGCAGUUGCCUCAGAAGCAAUAUCAACUAAAAAGCCAUUAAUUUCAAUACCGAAGAAAUUACUCAUCACCAAUGAGGUCGCUAUGAAGCACUUUGAUAUUACGGAACCAGUUGUUAGCCGAGGAAAUCCUAAUGUAUUGGGUCAGCUUCUCACCGCUAAACUAAAGUUUGGAAGUGACGAAGAAUGCUUUCAUAGGCCUUAUAUUCGGAUUUUGCCAUUAAAGCUCGACCAACCCUAUUUUUGGUCAGCAGAUCAGCUCGAAAUCUUGAAGGGAACUGACCUGCAUCUUAUGCUUAGACAGAAUUUAGCGAAAAUGGCAUCAGAAUGGAUAGAUGUGCUAGAAUUUUUGAAAUUGAAACCCAAUGACAUGCAAUUCUACAACAAAUUAAAAUCAUCUCAGGAUAUUGAUAUACUUUCUCUAUUUUUGUCAAUGAAUGAAAUUAGCAUCGGAACCUCAUGGUUAAGUUUUCCUGCAUACGUUUGGGCUACUAGCAUUUUUAACUCAAGGGCAUUCCCGGAGAUUAUCAUGAAUAGUCAAACUUCAAACAUCAAUCAAGCCUUUCUUUACCCAAUUGUCGACUUACUGAAUCAUAAAAACGAUACAAAGGUGAAAUGGGUUUUUGAGAAUGAUGAGGUGAGCUUUAUAAGUCUUGAAAGUUUGAAGAAAAGUGAGGAAAUAUUUAAUAGUUACGGAGAUAAAUCCAACGAAGAGCUGCUUCUUAAUUAUGGGUUUGUUCAGGAAAAUAAUGCAAAUGACUUUACAAGAUUGAGUUUAAAAUUGGAAAAACAAAUGCUAGAUAAUGCUUCAAGUUUCGGUAUUGAUAUCAAAGAUCAUAUUGUUGCUGAUGAUUGUGUCCAGUUCAAACUAACCAACGAGCAGCCACUGCCAGACAGCCUUCUUGAAAUGUUCAAUUUUCUAUGCAAGCUAAAGUCUGAGUCUCAGUUGACUCUAAGAGGUGCACUGGAAGGCCAAGACGAACUGCACGAAAUCCUGAUCCAAAAAGUUGACUUUUUCAAGAAAAGGUCGAAGAUCAACCGACCUUUGGCAGCUAGCACAGAUUUAAUAGCCACAAUAAAACAAUAUUUGAACUCUGACAGGAGAAUCUACAAUAAUAGCCUAGAGGCAUUACAAAAACUACAAAAACAGACAAUGAGGAAAAAUGCAAUUUCCAUGACGAGUUUCAAAACAAUUUUCAAGAAUGAUAAAGAAUUUGCGAAUAGUCUCCUAAUUGCAUUUGGCAUCGCAAAUUUCGAGGACUUCGCAAAACAGGGUUGUAUGAGGGAAGCUUUACUGCUGUGGAUUGUAAGAGUCGCAAAUAAAGAUUCGUAUCCAAGAAAGCUAUCCUACGCUCCUCCCAGAUACAUUUACGACUGUUUCCAGGAGGUGAAUAGAUCAAUUGUUAUCCAAAAAGAAGAUGUUAUGGAGUUCAUGAGUUUUUACAAAAAGCUGUUUCCAAAUCUAAGCAAAAAGAUUCCAGAAACCUUCGACGUUGGUAAUUGGGGGAUAAGACAAUUCAUUGUAGCUGACAAUGUUAUGGAUCGUUUAGUAUGGACAAGGAAACAAACACAGGAACCAUAUUUCAUUCUGCAGAACAAAAUUUAG